AUGCCAGCCAUGAUCAUUUCGUCUCCAUCCUCUACAAGCUUCCAGUCUGGGGCAUGCUCCCCUAAUAACAGGCACUUUUCUCCAGCAGCUGCAAGCGGCCCAUCCAGUAGCGGCGCCGCCGCUCAAUUUGCCGCGUCUUCGCGUGUAUCUCCCUACUCAGUCUUCAAUUCUCCUUCMCCAUUUGCCGCCCCCGCCGCAGUUACCACCUCUGCCUCGUCCCCUGCCUUUCGCCAGCAUCGUCCCUCCGCGUCUCGCUCGCUAUUGUCUCACAGCGUAGAGGAGUUACGCGCUGCUCUGAAGAMCCACACUGUAGCCGCCACUACCACCUCGCAGGAUCCCGCGGGGCCCUCAGGGGAUCAUUCUCGCGGCUGCAUGUCCGCAGACACCCUUGGGGGCGACUCCCGCCAGGCGUUGACUAAUGCGAGCAAUAAUACGACCAGUGCGGAUAAUAAUGAUACCGUUCAGCCUGCCCAGACCGAACCCCAAUCACAGCCUGGGGCGGCUGUACCUCAGAUGCCGAUCACCAACCCAAGUACAGUCACGAGCGUGACUGCUAUUUCGCCCUCAGAUGUGAAAGGAAAACGUCAAUUGGGCGACGGCACCGAGCAAGCUGUCAGCACGGCAAAUAGAGAGAUAGAAACGACGCCGAAUGGAGACGAAACAGAACAGAGUCGGUUGAAGCGAUUACGACCGCCAGUACCGGCCGUCAAACUGCUACCUCGACGCUAUGAACUGGUGCAUCCGAACGAUUUGGUGAUUUUGAUUUCAAGCAUGAUCAUGGAACUGAUUCAAUAUAACGACACCAUCCCGCUACAAGGUGGUCGACUCACUCGUUUUCACUCACGGACACCACCCCGUAUAUCGGUGCGAGAUUAUUUACAGCGUUUGACGACACAUGCGACGUUAUCGCCUCCUAUUCUUCUCAGCAUGGUAUAUUAUAUCGAUCGUUUAUGUGCUCUAUAUCCUGCUUUCACUGUUUCGAGUCUGACGGUCCAUCGUUUCUUGAUUGUGAGUGCCACGGUUGCCAGCAAGGGUCUCAGUGAUAGCUUCUGGACCAACAAGACGUAUGCUCGGGUUGGAGGUAUCACAAUCACUGAACUGGCGAUGCUCGAGCUGGACUUUCUGUGGCGGGKGGAAUGGAAAAUUGUUCCGCAGCCUGAAGUGCUGGUUGACUACUAUCUGAGUCUUGUCGAGCGAUGCGAGGGAUACGCGCUAGAGCCUGAGCAGUCUGACUUGGUGUCCGCGGCUUCGAGCAACAUGGAAGGCGUGGUUGCUACUCCACCAUCAACCUAA